GGUCAAACAUGCGCAGUAAUAACGUCCACUAAUUCACAAUAAUAUUGAGUGAUAAAUUGAAUCAGACAAUCUCAAUCAUGGCGGAGGAGAGAGCUCAAUGGGGCCGUCAGAUCGAGUUUAUAUUUACACUGAUUGGUUAUGCUGUAGGACUGGGUAAUGUUUGGAGGUUUCCAUACUUGUGCUUCAGAAAUGGCGGAGGGGCCUUCCUGAUACCCUAUGUCAUAUGUUUGGUAUUUUUGGGUAUUCCCAUAUUUGGUCUGGAGAUAGCAUUCGGACAAUUCGGCGGAAAAGGGCCGAUUUCAAUUUGGAAAAAUGCAAAUCCUAUUUUUAAGGGAAUUGGUAUGGGAGGUAUUCUUAUAUCGGCAAUCAUAUCUAUUUAUUACGAUAUUAUCAUCGCCUGGGCCUUAUAUUAUUUAUUCGCCUCCAUGACGGAUAAACUACCCUGGGAAGACUGUACUGACUGCGCAUGUCAACUAUAUGAUUCGCAAGCCAACGUCACCAAUUAUUUGAACAGUAACGUCACCAAUUAUUUGAACAGUACAGAAUUGAAUUGCACGUUAUUUACAGGACAACCUCGAUCUGCCAGUGAAAUAUACUACAGGGAUGUUGUUUUAUCAGAAUCAGAGAAGUUAGGAGACUGGGGAAUUUUGAAAUGGGACCUGAGUUUAUGUAACCUGCUGAGCUGGACAAUCGUGUUUAUAGUCUUGAGUAAGGGUAUCCAGUCUCUCGGAAAGGUAGUAUACGUCACGGCCAUAUUUCCCUAUGUUUUAUUAACCAUUUUGUUGAUUCGAGGGGCCAUGUUGGAGGGUGCUUUAGAAGGAAUUAAAUAUUACAUAACGCCUGAUCUGUCAAGACUAACUGAUGCCACGGUCUGGAGUGAUGCCGCUGUACAAAUAUUUUUUUCGUUAAGUUCUUGUCAGGGUGGUCUCAUGGCCAUGGCUAGUUAUAAUAAAUUUACCAAUAAUAUCCUUAGGGAUGCCAUAAUGAUUCCUGUCAUAAAUUGUUUAACAAGUUUCUAUGCUGGAUUUGUCGUCUUCUCUGUGUUGGGCUACAUGGCCCACGAACGACAGUUACCCGUUGCUAACGUCACACAAGGAGGUGCUGGUCUGGCUUUUAUCGUGUAUCCUGAAGCUUUGAGUAAAAUGCCGAUAUCACCAUUAUGGGCGAUUCUCUUUUUUCUUAUGUUGUGUAUGUUGGGAUUCAGUAGUCAGUUUUCUACAGCAGAGACGGCUAUGACCGGGAUUAUUGAUGAAUUUCCCAGAUUCUUACACAGCGGAAAACGCCGAAUUCUGUUUAGAGUUGGUGUUUGUAUUUCCGGCUGUUUAUUAGGUUUACCCAUGCUGACACAGGGUGGUAGUUAUUUGCUAGAUCUGAUAGACUCCUAUAUUCUAGGAUUCCCAACGUUAUUUAUGGGUUUGAUUGAAACAGUAGCAAUUAUAUGGGUUUACGGUGAGUUUAAUUAUUCAUUACAUCACAAUGCACAAUGGUCUGGAGACCUUAAAAACUGA